CUGGAAGGACGGCCUCGCCUUCAACGCCCUGAUCCACAGGCACCGGCCGGAGCUCAUCGAGUACGACAAGCUGAGGAAGGACGACCCCGUGACCAACCUGAACAACGCCUUCGAGGUGGCGGAGAAGUACCUGGACAUCCCCAAGAUGCUGGACGCCGAGGACAUUGUGAACACGGCCCGGCCCGACGAGAAGGCCAUCAUGACCUAUGUGUCCAGCUUCUACCAUGCCUUUUCGGGGGCGCAGAAGGCCGAGACGGCGGCGAACCGAAUCUGCAAGGUGCUGGCCGUCAACCAGGAGAACGAGCACCUGAUGGAGGACUACGAGAAGCUCGCCUCCGACCUGCUGGAGUGGAUCCGGCGCACCAUCCCCUGGCUGGAGGACCGCAGCCCGCAGAAAACCAUCCAGGAGAUGCAGCAGAAGCUGGAGGAUUUCCGCGACUACCGGCGCGUGCACAAACCCCCCAAGGUGCAGGAGAAGUGCCAGCUGGAGAUCAACUUCAACACCCUGCAGACCAAGCUGCGCCUCAGCAACCGGCCCGCCUUCAUGCCCUCCGAGGGGAGGAUGGUGGCGGACAUCAAUAACGGCUGGCAGCACCUGGAGCAGGCGGAGAAGGGCUACGAGGAGUGGCUGCUCAACGAGAUCCGGCGCCUGGAGCGCCUCGACCACCUGGCCGAGAAGUUCCGGCAGAAAGCCUCCAUCCACGAGGCCUGGACCGAGGGCAAGGAGGCGAUGCUGAAGCAGAAGGACUACGAGAGCGCCACGCUGUCCGACAUCAAGGCCCUGAUCAGGAAGCACGAGGCCUUCGAGAGCGACCUGGCCGCCCACCAGGACCGCGUGGAGCAGAUCGCGGCCAUCGCGCAGGAGCUCAACGAGCUGGAUUACUACGACUCGCCCAGCGUCAACGCGCGGUGCCAGAAGAUCUGCGACCAGUGGGACGUGCUGGGCUCCCUGACCCACAGCAGGAGGGAGGCUCUGGAGAAAACGGAGAAGCAGCUGGAGACGAUCGACGAGCUGCACCUGGAGUACGCCAAGAGGGCGGCUCCCUUCAACAACUGGAUGGAGAGCGCCAUGGAGGACCUGCAGGACAUGUUCAUCGUCCACACCAUCGAGGAGAUCGAGGGCCUCAUCGCCGCCCACGACCAGUUCAAGUCCACCCUGCCCGACGCCGACAAGGAGCGCGAGGCCAUCCUGGGCAUCCAGCGCGAGGCGCAGCGCAUCGCCGACUUCAACAGCAUCAAGCUGGGGGGCAACAACCCCUACACCUCCGUCACCCCCCAGAUCAUCAACUCCAAGUGGGAGCGGGUCCAGCAGCUGGUGCCCAAGCGGGACCACGCGCUGCUCGAUGAGCAGAGCAAGCAGCAGUCCAACGAGCACCUCCGGCGGCAGUUCGCCAGCCAGGCCAACAUCGUGGGGCCCUGGAUCCAGACCAAGAUGGAGGAGAUCGGGCGCAUCUCCAUCGAGAUGAACGGCACGCUGGAGGACCAGCUGAACCACCUGAAGCAGUACGAGCAGAGCAUCGUGGACUACAAGCCCAACAUCGACCUGCUGGAGCAGCAGCACCAGCUCAUCCAGGAGGCGCUCAUCUUCGACAACAAGCACACCAACUACACCAUGGAGCACAUCCGCGUGGGCUGGGAGCAGCUCCUCACCACCAUCGCCCGCACCAUCAACGAGGUGGAGAACCAGAUCCUGACCCGCGACGCCAAGGGCAUCAGCCAGGAGCAGAUGCAGGAGUUCCGGGCGUCCUUCAACCACUUCGACAAGGACCACGGCGGUGCCCUGGGCCCGGAGGAGUUCAAAGCCUGCCUCAUCAGCCUGGGCUACGACGUGGAGAACGACAGACAGAAGCGCACGGGAAGCACGGACGCGGAUGACUUCCGAGCUCUCCUUAUCUCCGCGGGAUGCAGCCUGGGCGACGCCGAAUUCAACCGCAUCAUGAGCCUGGUGGACCCCAACGGCAGCGGCAGCGUCACCUUCCAGGCCUUCAUCGACUUCAUGUCCCGCGAGACCACCGACACCGACACGGCCGACCAGGUCAUCGCCUCCUUCAAGGUCCUGGCGGGCGACAAGAACUACAUCACGGCCGAGGAGCUGCGGCGCGAGCUGCCCCCCGAGCAGGCCGAGUACUGCAUCGCCCGCAUGGCCCCGUACCGCGGCCCCGACGCGGCGCCGGGCGCCCUGGACUACAAAUCCUUCUCCACCGCGCUCUACGGCGAGAGCGACCUCUGAGGCCGCCGCGGCUGCACCAAGCGCGGGCGCUUUGUCCCCCCCCUCCCCAAUUUUAUCCUCCCUCCCCCCCUCCCAGGGACACACACACACUCACACAGGCACGAAGCCGCGGCCGGGGGGGAGCCGGUUGUUGCCCACCUGACCUAUGCAAUGAUUUUUGGGGGGUUUUGUUUAAUUUUAUUUUUUUUGCCUCCCCCUCUUCCCUCUUUUUGCUCCGGGGGGGGCGCUCGGGGUUUCUCUGUGUGUGGGGGGGCAGCGGGGAGCCUCGAAGUGCCCAGCAGCUCAGACGGUUAUUAAUUUUUUUCUAAUUUUAUCCCUUUCUGGUGUUUUUUUUUUUUUUUUUUCCAACUGGCCCAGGGCCCUCUGCUGUCCCCCCCCCUCUGUAGGAAGCAGAGCCCCCCCCUCCUGCCCUGCCUCUCUUUAAUUUAUGCCUCUGUCGAGCAGAAAUCCCCCCCCCUCUGCACCAGCCGCCCUUCGCCACGUGUUUCCACCCCCCUCCAGGUUCCCCCCCCCCCCCGGCUUCCCCUCGCCCUCUGCUCGAAUUCCUCCGAUUCCUGUUCAGAGCCAGGGGAAGCCCCCGGGGGGGCUGCUCCUUCCGCUCCCCCCCCCCAGCAUUCCUCCCCCCCAUGGGACCACUUUGGGGGUGCGGAGGCAGCGCCGGUUCCCCCCCCCUCCCCUUUUACACCCCCCCCACCCUCCAGCCUUGGAGCAGGUUUUUCUGAGGACCAAAAUUAAGAAAAAAAAAAGAAAAAAAAUGAAAAAAAAAAAAAACCACCCCCGCACACAGAAGCUGAUCUGUUCCCACGGCAGCGCCCCCCAGCAGGUGCCGGUUUCCUUUGCGAAGGGACGGAUUUCGGGAUUUAUUGUAUAAAUUUAUCUUCACCUCGCAGCAUUCUCCGGCCGGUUUCUCUUUUUCUCAUGUAAUUAAAAGAUUGCUCAGACCUGG